GUCUGUAUGUUAAGACUGAAUCCAGUGCCGAGUUUUGUCUCUCUCCGCUCUGUCCUCUCCACCUUGUGCCGUGCACCGCAUUUCGCUUUGGCUAUGCGUAAAGAUUGGUGUGUCUUUCUCUUAUAAUAAGAGUCCUGUUUUGUAGGCAUACGGUGCGGUAUCCGGAGUUCUUUGCCUAGGAAGUCUUUCUGAAUCAAGAGAAAGACACUAAAUCGCAGGAUACGUAUUUUUCUGUUUUUAAACCAACCCGUUUCUUUUCUUUCUUGCCUGGAACUGGGAGACGAGAUGUAGCGUUGAGCGGAGCAGAGGACGCGGUGUGCAGAAGUGGCACGGUAAAGCAAAGCGAUCUGGAUUUAAACAAGGAGGCUUUUCAUUGACCAAUAUUAUCAGUAAAAUAAGAGGAUAUUGGACAUUUAUGGCAAAUCUACUUUGCAGCAAAAUUUCGAGUGGAGUUUACUGAACCAAGUCCUUGGUUUCGUGGGUCGCGGUUUCGUUGGUGACAGAGUCUCUGCAUGCUAUUUUUCCGGGCAAGGACGAUACUCAUUGGGAAAAAGACAGUUAAAUCUCAACAGUUUCAACGCUGAUGUAUUUUAAUGGCAGGACUUCACUGCGGGCUCGUGUCGGAGCUCUGAAACACGGAGUGUCCAGUGUCCAGCCCUCGGGAUUGUGAUGCACUGGCUUGGGACCGUCUGCUGAUCAGGAGGACGCUGCAUAAGCUGUGACACAUUUUUUUUUACCCGUGAGUGAGAACCGCAGCAGGACCUGAGCGGAACCAAGAACCUCUGCAACUAAGAGCUAGGAACCAGGCUCCACCGGGGGACCACUGCUUUGGGGCUCGACCCAGCGAAGGCUCAGCGUUUGGGGGGGAUGUGUCGCAGAGGGGAGGGGGCCAUGUGGAGCUUACGGUUUCUCCUCCUCGCCUGUGUCCUGGCUCCAGUGGCACUCGCGUUCAGCCGCGCGCCCGUGCCCAUGGCGGUGGUGAGGCGGGAGCUGUCGUGCGAGAGCUACCCCAUCGAGCUGCGCUGCCCGGGGACCGACGUCAUCAUGAUCGAGAGUGCCAACUACGGCCGCACCGACGACAAAAUCUGCGACGCCGACCCUGCGCAGAUGGAGAACACGCGCUGUUACCUGCCCGACGCCUACAAGAUCAUGUCUCUCAAGUGCAAUAACCGAACACAGUGUGCCGUGGUGGCUGGCCCUGAAGUGUUUCCCGACCCCUGCCCUGGAACUUAUAAGUACCUGGAGGUGCAGUACGAGUGUGUCCCAUACAAAGUGGAACAAAAAGUUUUCUUGUGUCCUGGACUGCUGCGGGGCGUCUACCAGAGUGAGCACCUCUUCGAGUCGGACCAUCAGUCCGGGGCGUGGUGUAAGGACCCGCUGCAGGCCUCCGACAAGAUCUACUACAUGCCGUGGACGCCGUACCGCACCGACACUCUCACCGAGUACUCGUCCAAGGAGGACUUCAUCGCCGGGCGGCCCACCACGACGUACAAGCUGCCGCACCGCGUAGACGGCACGGGCUUCGUCGUGUACGACGGCGCACUCUUUUUCAACAAGGAGCGCACGCGCAACAUCGUCAAGUUCGACCUGCGCACGCGCAUCAAGAGCGGCGAGGCCAUCAUCGCCAGCGCCAACUACCACGACACCUCGCCCUACCGCUGGGGCGGCAAGUCCGACAUCGACCUGGCCGUGGACGAGAACGGCCUGUGGGUGAUCUACGCCACCGAGCAAAACAACGGGCGGAUCGUCAUCAGCCAGCUCAAUCCUUACACGCUACGCGUGGAGGGAACCUGGGAGACGGCCUACGACAAGCGAUCGGCCUCCAACGCCUUCAUGAUCUGCGGAGUGCUCUACGUCAUCAAGUCCGUGUACGAGGACGACGACAGCGAGGCCACAGGGAACAAGAUCGACUACAUCUACAACACGGAGCUCAGCAAGGACAGCUACCUGGACAUCCCGUUCCCCAACUCCUACCAGUACAUCGCCGCCGUGGAUUACAAUCCCCGCGACAAUCUGCUCUACGUCUGGAACAACUACCACGUCGUGAAGUACUCACUGGAGUUUGGCGCGUUGGACAACAGACUAGAAUCUUCAUCCUCUGUGCACCUGUACAUGGACACCACCACCACGCGGACCACCACCCGAUCCCCCACCACGUCCACUUCCUCCAGCACCACCACCUCCACAGCGGCCCCUGCCACCAGCACCACGGUGCGGCCCUCGGCCCUCACCACCACUGGGGGCUCCAGAAGCACCACCCCUGCCCCGCCAGCAGAGGGCAGCGUCCCGGAAAUGGCCACCCGCUCGGCCGCCUCAUCGCAGCUGCCAAACGUGGCCGUGGAGUUCUGCAACCCCACUGUGGAUGCUGAUGUCACCUGGCCCAAAACCAGGCAGGGGCUGGUUGCCCGGCAACCGUGCCCAUCGGGAACGAUAGGGUCGGCCACAUUUAGCUGCUUGGGCCCCGAGGGCUACUGGGAUCUCCAGGGUCCAGACCUCAGCAACUGCACCUCCCUGUGGGUCAACCAAAUCAACCAGAAGCUAAGAGCCGGAGAGACAGCGGCUCUCAUUGCCCGCGAGCUGUCAGAGCAGACCAAAGGCCACAUCCACCCGGGGGACAUCAGCUACACCGUCAGAGCCAUGGGCCAGCUGGUAGAACUGCUGGACGUGCAGCUCAGGAACCUCACCCCCGGGGGCAAAGAUAGCGCAGCCCGCAGCCUCAACAAGCUGCAGAAACGAGAGCGAGCUUGCCGCUUUUUCGUCCAGGCCAUGGUGGAGACGGCGAACAACCUGCUGCAGCCUCAGGCCCAGUCGGUGUGGAGGGAGCUGUCGGCUGGGGAACAGCUGAGGGCGGCCACCAUGCUGCUGGACACCGUGGAGCAGGGGGCCUUCGUGCUGGCGGACAACCUGCUCAAGACCGACAUCGUCCAGGAGAACACGGAGAACAUACAGCUUGAAGUGGUGCGGAUGAGCACAGACGGCAACCUGCCUGACCUGAAGUUCCCACAGGGUGGUGGUCAGGGCAAUUCCAUCCACCUAUCCGCCAACACCCUGAAGCAACAUGGCCGAAACGGUGAGAUACGGAUGGCCUUCGUCCUCUACAAACACCUGGGCUCGUACCUGUCCACGGAGAACGCCAGUAUGAAGCUGAGCAGCGAGACGCUGGCCACCAACUACUCGCUCAUCGUCAACUCGCCCGUCAUCACCGCCUCCAUCAGCAAAGACAGCACCAAGGUCUACCUGUCCGACCCCGUCAUCUUCACCGUCAAACACCUGCUGCAUUCUCAGGAGAACUUCAACCCCAACUGUUCGUUCUGGAGUUACUCCAAGCGCACCAUGAUGGGCUCCUGGUCCACGCAGGACUGUCGGUUGCUAGGCACCAACCGGACACACACCACCUGUUCCUGCACCCACCUCACCAACUUUGCCGUCCUCAUGGCGCACGUGGAGGUCAAGAAUGCGGACCCUGUCCAUGACCUGCUGCUGGACGUGAUCACGUGGGUGGGCAUCCUCCUGUCGCUCGUCUGCCUGCUCAUCUGCAUCUUCACCUUCUGCUUCUUCCGAGGCCUGCAGAGCGACCGCAACACCAUCCACAAGAACCUUUGCAUCAGCCUCUUCAUCGCCGAGUCCCUGUUCCUCGUGGGCAUCAACCGCGCAGACCAGCCCAUCGCCUGUGCGGUGUUCGCGGCGCUGCUGCACUUCUUCUUCCUGGCGGCGUUCACCUGGAUGUUCCUGGAGGGCGUGCAGCUCUACGUCAUGCUGGUGGAGGUGUUCGAGAGCGAGCACUCGCGCCGCCGCUACUACUACAUGGUGGGCUACGGCGUGCCCGCGCUCAUUGUCGCCGUCUCUGCCGCCGUCGACUACCGUAGUUACGGGACUGACCGAGUGUGCUGGUUGCGUCUCGACACCUAUUUCAUCUGGAGCUUCAUAGGUCCUGCCACCCUGAUCAUCAUGCUGAAUGUGAUCUUCCUUGGGAUUGCGCUCUACAAAAUGUUCCAUCACACGGCAAUCCUUAAACCAGAUUCCGGCUGCCUGGACAACAUUAAAUCGUGGGUGAUCGGGGCGAUCGCUCUCCUGUGUCUGCUGGGCCUGACCUGGGCCUUUGGUCUGAUGUACGUCAACGAGAGCACCGUCAUCAUGGCCUACCUCUUCACCAUCUUCAACUCCCUCCAGGGCAUGUUCAUCUUCAUCUUCCACUGCGUCCUGCAGAAGAAGGUGCGGAAGGAGUAUGGGAAGUGCCUGCGCACACACUGCUGCAGUGGCAAGAGUGUGGACACCUCCAUGGGCUCUGGCAAGAGCACCGCCUCCCGGGUCCCUGGCCGCUACGCCUCAGGCUCACAGAGUCGGAUCCGCCGCAUGUGGAACGACACAGUCAGGAAGCAGUCCGAAUCCUCCUUCAUCACGGGCGACAUCAACAGCUCUGCUUCGCUCAACCGAGGUGCCAUGGCUAACCAUCUUAUAACUAAUGCACUGCUGCGGCCCCAUGGCACUAACAAUCCCUAUAACACAUUGCUUGGGGAGUCGGCCAUCUAUAACAACAACGCGUCGGUCAGCAUGUACAACGCACAAGAGCCCUACAGAGAGACAAAGGGUCUCCUGAACAAUGCCCGGGAUACAAGUGUUAUGGAUACUCUACCGCUGAAUGGUAACCACGGCAACAGCUACAGCCUAGCCAGCGCGGAGUACAUGAGCGACUGCGUGCAGAUCAUCGACCGCGGCUACGGCGGCCACAAGGAGACCACCCUGGAGAAGAAGAUCCUCAAGGAGCUCACGUCCAACUACAUCCCCACCUACCUGAACAACCACAACCACACCCACACCCACGAGCGGCCUGGCUCCGGGUCGGAGCACGGCCGCAACAUCAUGAACAAGCUGGUGAACAACGUCAGCAACGGGGGCAAGGACACGCUGGGGUUGGGCGGCCUGGGCGGCCUGGGCGGCCUGGGGCUGGGCGGCAGCCUGGACGUGGGCGACUCGGCGGCAUACAACCACGACGACGGCACCGGCGGCCUGGAGCUGAUCCGGGAGGAGUCGCACGCGCCCCUGCUGCCGCCCCGCGUCACGCCCACCGACAACCACACCCUGCACCACCUCCAUCUCCAGCAGCAGCAGCAGCAGCAGCUCCAUCACCAACACCACCACCACCCGCACCCUUUCUCGUCCGCCUCCGGCUCCUGCUCCGGCCGCCGGCUGCCCCAGGAAAAUAGCGAGAGCUUCUUCCCGCUGUUGGGAGGGGAGCCGACGCAGACCGACACCCCGUCACCUCAGAGGGACUCGCUGUACACCAGCAUGCCCGAGCUGCCCGACGGCGAGACGGUGAAGGUGCCGCUGAAUGACACGCCCGGGAAGGGCUGCGGUGGUGGCGAGGGGAUCGACGACGUCUACUACAAGAGCAUGCCCAACCUCGGCUCCCGGAACCACCUGCACCAGCUCAGCUCUUACUACCAGCUGGGGCGGGGCAGCAGUGAUGGGUUCAUCGUGUCGCCCAAUAAGGAGGAUACCUCCCCGGAGGACCCGCCCCCGGAGGCUUCCCACCUAGUCACCAGCCUAUAGGAGGUGAUCAUCUGACAAAAAUAUGCCCAAACCCACCUGAUGCCCCCUGACCCUCAGCGUCCCUUACCUUUUUACCCACCUCGGCUCCAACUCUUCUACUUCUUCAUGGUCAGUCGUCGGCUGUCGUAGAUGAUCUCUUCGGUCUGUUUUUCUUCUUUUUUUUUUUCUCCCUAUUUUUGUGUACGUUUCAGGUAUAACAGCAACAACGACAAAAACAUACACACACAAAAAAACACGGACGCCACAUGAGAAAAAAGUCACGGCGAAAUUUCUGUUCUGACGGUGACGAAAUAACUCAUCGAUGUGCAUUUUACUAGGGAGGAAACAAAAAGUUUGAUUGGACUAACUUGUCUCCUCUUCGUUCUUGCAAAAAACUGUACCUGACCAGGUCGGAAGUUCAAACAGCAUCUUGUAACUGAACGUCCCAAAAGAAUUGCAAACCAUCUGAAAACAUUUACGCAACUUGCCGAGUGUGUAGAGUAAACAACAACAACAAUCAAAUCAAACAAACAAACAAACAAGCAAACAAACAUGUCAAAAAGACUAUUUUAUUAUCCUUCUGUAACCAUAUUUGCUUUUUAAAAAAAAACGUUUCUUUUCUUCCUAUCUGGUGAAACACAGCACAUUUUGCUGCAGUGUCCGUGCAAAUCAAGCAAAAAUGACAAAAAAACAAAACAAAAAAACACACAAACUUUGAACAAUUUCGCAGUGGACAUCUUUAUCAACAUAUGCUGUAGAGCAUAUUUUUUGUUGUUUUUUUUCUUUUUUGCUGUAUUAAUAACAAUUAUUAAAAGAGGGAAAAAAAACUAAUACCAGAGAAUUAUAAGAUAUUUCUAUGUAAAUGUACAGAAAUUAGCAUUGCACAUAGUAUGCUUUUUUGGUCCACCAGAGAUCUUUGUCCCUGUAAAUGUUGUGAAAAGAUGCUAAUUUUUGUCCCUUUCUGUUGUGAUGGUCUUGUAGGUAAGCACUAUGAGCAUUGUUCCUUUCUUUCACUUUUUUUUUCUUUUGAUACCCCCCCUUUCGAUUCUACCUUUCACAGUUUACUAGCAAUGACUUAAGCAACAGAAACCGAAACACCUUGGAAACAAACUCGUAGCUUAUUUAGCGAUUAUCAUUUUCAGUAUUAUAAUCACUGAUUGUUUCAAUCAUUUUGCAAACUGCUUUACCGUUGAUUUGUUUUUCAUUUGAUUUAUUUUCCUGUGUGUAGAUAAAACUUGUUCGAUUGAGAAAGGGAUGUGGUUUUAGCUUACUGUUAAAUGAUGAAAUGAUUUUUUUAAAAAUAAGAUCCAAUGGGGUUAAAAGUUUGAAGACCAGAUUUGAUGAAAGUGAUUUAAUGCGAUUCAGAGAAGCUGGUGGUGAUCAAGGUGAUCUACUACACUGGUUAGCGCCGAGAUUAGCGCCGAUGAAAUAACACAGAAGGCAAAGUUUCACGUCUUAAAUGCCUGAAAUGAGACGACUGGCUGGACAUGUCUCGCUUUUCUCUUCCCAGUAGGGAAAAGGUAUUUAUUUAUUUGUUAAGAAAAUAAACAAAAAAAGAAAAAGAAAAAUUGAAUUGCAAUAUGUUUAAUUUUCAGGAAGAUGCAGAACAGCAGUGGUGAUUUUUUUUUUCCUUCUUUUUUUUUCCUUUUCUUUUUUUUUAAACUAUCUUUGAUUUUAUUUAUUCAUUUCUGUUCUCCUGUUGGUUUUCAGGUUGAUUGACCUCAUAACUAAUAUUUGUUGUAACGGUGAAACUUGUUUGCCAACAAAUAAAUUACCGAUUAAGAUUUACCACAUAGCCAUCGCUAAGGGCCUCUGUUGUCUGUGCACCUUGUUACCAGUUGAGCAUUAAGUGCAUUACUCCAUUACCUUAAGCUUACAAUCAGGUUGUGUACUGUGAUGGGGGGGGGGGGGGGGGAUAGCCGGCUCGAGUUCAAUGGUUAGAUGCCAAUGCUUAUACACUCUGUAGAUGAUGCUGUCUUUACAGAUGUUUGUGGCUACAUUUCAAUUGAUACGGAUAAAGAGCUAAUAAAUGGACAAUGAGUUUUUUUCCUGUU